AUGGAUCCUGAGGUGCCUAUGGCAUUGAGACUAUCAGCUCAUCUUCUAGUUGGGGUUGUGCGAAUAUAUUCGAAGAAAGUCCAUUAUCUUCACAGUGAUUGUAAACUCAUCACUACUUGGUUAAAUAAGUCUUUUGUAUCUACUCAAGUUGACUUGCCAGAGGAUAAGAGACAGGCACCGGUUGAGUUAGUGACUUUUUUGCCUCAAGCAAUAAAUUUGGACGAUUUCGACUUGGAAGAUGAUGAAAUUCUCGACCGGUCAUAUUGGAAGUGGGGAAGAUAUUACUCUUACAGGACAUCAUUCCAGAAUUCAUCGAAAGAAUUUCGAUUUCUUUCUCUUCCUAAUCUGUUCAAGGAUAUGCUUUUUGAUGUAGUUAGCGUUUUUCAUGAUUCACGCAGCCAAUCCACAGUACCUGUGAGUGAGCAUUCUGGCGAAAGUGAUGUUGAAAUGGCUUAUGAGGCAGGACCAACCAAUGAGCUAGGAGACUUCAAUGUUGCUCUAUAUACUGGAACCUAUAGUCCUUGUAACUACACAGAGGAAAUCAGUGGAUUCCAGGAUCCUAGACCAAGUAAUUUGACAGAAGCCGUCAAUCUCAGUCCCGAGAGAAGCAGUGCUAGUUCUCCUCUUGGAAGUGUUCCCGAGAUUGAGAAAAGGCGUGACGCUGCGCACGACUUAAGCCCUGCCUCGCAUCCACCGUUUGCUGCACAACAACAACAGAAUGUCAGAGUUGAACACACUGAAUCUUUAGAUGAAACUUUGAAUGAAAAGGAACACAAUAUCCCGAUUAUCGAUGAAGAAGUGUUAAACUCUAGAGGACAUUCGACGUUUGAGCUUCGUUCAGGAUCUCCAGGUUUUGCUGGUUCUGAGGAAGAACAUGCAAAUUUUGUGCAUACAUCACCUCAACUGGAUCUUCAGCCAACUCCUCUUCCACCACCACAAACAAGGCCAAGGAAGAGGAAGCAUUUUGAUAAGGCCACAGUAUUGACUAACAGGAUCAUGAAACAAAGGCUUGAGGAUCCUAGUAAUACUCUGCUCCGCAUAUGCAGAGUCUGUAGCAAGAGAAGCACAAUCUCCUCCCCGCUAUUUAAUAAUAAUGAUGACAUCGGAAUCGAACAUUUAAGGGAUGGUGGUUUCCCUGAGUACAUGCCUUCACCACUUACAAGAUUUUCGCCUUCUAGAACCCAUGACUUCACCACUCAGCCUGGAAUUUGGGAGAGAGGGUCUUGUAGAACAGAGCCUUCAACUCCAGAGGAUCUGUCUGGAGUAAGAAACUUGGGGAUUUCAGCUAUUCCUGAAAUGGUGGAUGAGGUUUCGAUACCCCCCGUAAGAUCAGCAGCUAGUCAAAGCUCUGAUGCUUUGACAGGGAGAACAAGACCCUUGGUCGAGUAUCUUAAAGAACGUUCUUCGAGUAGUCCUACUUCAAGCUAUCCUUCUGGAGAUCUUAGUUUGAGCAAGAUCUUGGCAGGGAAAACCAGGAAGCUAGCUGCUCGAAUGUUCUUCGAGACACUGGUAUUGAAGUCUACAGCGAUAUCGCUCUGA